UAUGGCAAGCAGAGAGCGGAGCAGAGAGCGGAGCAGAGAGAGAUAUUUAGAGCUAGAGGCAGAUUUCUUUCUCCACUCCCGAAGAGAAUACCGCAGCAAAAUAAAUAACGACGUUGUAAAACUAAUUGACAGCUUGACAAGAUCACAUUUCUGACUUCUGCUAAAGACACAAAAUAGCCUGACGCAUGCAUGUAGGAAUAUCAAGGUAAUAUCGGUCUCAAAUCGCGUGAACGCGAGCCGCAUAAGAAUCGUUUUCAUAAUGCGGGCGUGAGUAACAUACUGUAAACGGAGGGAGAAAUAAGGGAGGUUAACCGAGUGCCAGUGGUAAUCGAGAGCGGGCCGAGACAGCAGCAUGUCGAACCGAAAACAUCGGGACAGCCAAGAGAUAUGCGCCCGCAAGGUCCGGGAGCUGGCCCAGGCUGGAGUAAACAAACACUGCUUCGAGUGCAGUCAACCCGGGGUGACUUACAUCGAUAUCACAGUUGGCUGCUUCGUGUGCACGUCGUGCUCUGGAAUGCUGAGAGGACUCAACCCUCCCCACAGAGUCAAGUCUAUCUCCAUGACAACCUUCUCCCAACAGGAAGUGGAAUUUCUGCAAAACCAUGGCAAUGAGGUGGGGAGGAGGACCUGGCUGUGUGCCUUUGAUCCAAAGACAGAUGGUUGUUUAGACACAAGGGACUCCCAGAAACUGAAGGAGUUCCUCCAGGACAAAUACGAGAAGAAGAAAUGGCAUUUUUCGAAGAACAAGAACCGGAGGGAGGUAGAGGGACCCUGGAGCCCGCCUGGGAUACAGGCCUUACCCACCUCUCACGGCCCCCCGCCCGCCCAGUCCCACGCCAUGCCCCCCUCGGCCAGACCGUUACGCACACUGCCUCUCAUCCAGUCCCAGUCCCAGGUCUCGUCCUGGGGGGACCGAGUCCCCGCUAUCUCCCCUGCAGACAUGAGGGCUGACGUGUUCACCGCCCGUGCUCCCUCGCGCUCCCAGAGCUUCAGAGACCCCCCUAUGAAAGACUCUCUACUGAGUGGUAUAGAAAGACAACGUCCAGGCUCUCUUUCCUCGGCGAUGGGAACUUAUAGUCAUGCCCCCUCCUUCCCUGCCCUCCCUCGACCCUCAGCCAGUAGCACUUUCAAAAACAACUUCACAUUAGGUCGUACAGUGUCCUCCUCUGGGGGCUCAGCCCCCUUCAGGGCCUUCCCUAAGUCUCUGAGUGUGGACUUUGGAGGGCUCAGCCAACAGCACAGUCACAGUGUCCUCAGCGUCGCCUCCCCAGCCCCCGGCCCCGGCCCCAACACACACACAAACCACCAGGACCGCUACGCUGCCCUGUCCCAACUGAACAGUGUCUUCUCUGACACAUCACCUGGUCCAGGACCAGGACCAGGACCAGGACCAGGACCUACAGCACCCCUCGGUGGACUACCCCAGUAUAACACGCUCUUUGGGAAGCGCCUGUCCUCCAGCUCUACUCCUGCCAGCUCUCCAGGCGUGGAUGCCGUGUCGGGAUCCCAAACAUUUGCAAAUUUCCCCAACCCGUUCAGUUCCUGUUCCAUCUCUCAGCAGCAGCAGCAGCAGCCUGCCCUCUCCCCCAGUAACCCCUUUAACAGCUCCACCUCAGGAGGUGACUCUAGUGGGUUUGUCACCUCUCCCACCUCAGUUUUUCUCCCGUCUGCCACCUUCCCAGCUCCCACUACCCAGAAUGCAUUUCCUCACGAGCAUGCCAACAACCAGGAAACCAACGGUUUUGGCUCUUUCCCUGCACCGGACUCCCAGCCCAAAGUUCCUUGUCCAAUGUCAGUGAACCCAUUCACUGGGAAUGUUUACAGGAGUAGAGGAAUGUCGCGAAACCCUUUCAUCUGAUACUGUCACCCCUGGCUACUCCCACCCAACAUGGAGGGGUUGACUGAAGACCAGUGAACUUGAGGAGCUGCUGCCAUUUCAAUGCCCCUUCAAAGAGAGAGAGAGGGGAAACGUUCAUGCAGGCCCCUCUCCCCUCUAUGUGUGUGUGUCCAUGCGUGUGGAGUAUCUGUACAGUAAUGUUUAUCUGUGGAAAAAAUGUGUGCAUGUGCGUGCUUGAGUGUGUGUGUGUACCACAUACCAUAUAUCAAAGGUGUUUUUAUGGCAAUAGAAUCCACCUCAGGGCUCAGUGGGUGUCAUCACCAAGAAACACACACACUUACACACUACACGAUUUUGGCCCCGAUUUAGCUGUCCCAGACAAGAUUUUGAGAUCGGAGACAAAAUCCCCAUGUCGUUUAAUGUGAGCGGGUCAGAGAUGCAAUCUGAUGGCUACCGAUCCCGUCUUUGAGCAGUCCCAGACGUCCCGAUAUUUUCAAACAUGUUUGAUUUUAUCGGCAAAAAAUCUGCAAUGCUCUUGUAGUGUGAGAUGUGCAUCGACAAAUUCUGAGAACGGUGAUCAGCAAUAGCCAAUGAGAGCUCUCCAGAGAAGAAGCCAGUGAGAUGAUGACGUUGUUUUGCAUCACCCAGAAUGUGUAGACUCUCGGGCAGGAGCCAUGACGACUACUAGUAUACGUUUGUACUUGCCUUUAACCAAAGCGUCACAAGCAAUGUUAUUAAAUUCUAAAUGUUGGCUAGAUAUUUCAACUCCGUAUGGCAAGCGUGAAUCUCUGACUGAAAACGUUUAUGAGGCUGCUUUGAGCCACAACUCGUUCUAGUAACAUUAACAAUCUAAUCACAUCAUCACGCCAAUAUUUUCGUGAGACAGCUUGGUGGUAUCGAGAAUCCUCACGACCAAGUGAAGAAUAUUGUGGUGUGUGAUCCUCUGUGCCACAUCGUUUAGUAUGUGCACCACUACAUUGGCAAAAAAUAAAAAAUACAGGAAAGACGGUCGUUUAAUUUGAAAAUUCUGUAGUGUACUCCUGGCAUUAGCUGUUUCUCCCAUGUCCUGCUUCUGUCCAACAGCAGCCCCAUCAGUACGUGAAAUCAUCAUAUUUUGCUUACUUUUUGGAUACACCUCUGAAAAGGGCAUUGAAAAACUCCUAAAAACUAGCCAGUCCAGUCAGGCAGUCAGUCAGUGUGUAUCAAGUUACAGAAUGGAGAUAUCCCUCUUCAAGGCUUUCAGACUGAACAAUAUGACAAGCGCAAAAAAGUAUGACAAGCAAGCAUUUUUUUCUUAGUGACGGUUAUGCCAGCCUUAACACGACGGCCUCCUAAUGCAUGUAGAUAGGAGAACAUUACAGACAAGCCUGUCUUUUCCCCCAUGUGCUGUGUGUGUACCAGAGGAAACUGGUGGGAGGGGCUAUAGAAGGACGGGCUCAUUGUAAUGGCUGGAAUGGAAUCAAUGGAACGGAGUCAAACACGUUGUUUCCAUAUGUUUGAUAACGUUCCAUUUAUUCCUAUCCAGCCAUCACAAUGAGCCCGUCCUCCUAUAGCUCCUCCUAUCAGUUUCCUCUGGUGUUUACAUUUGUGGAAAAGACGUUUGUAUUGUUUUAUAUGUUGGUUGUUUUUGUCCAUAAAUCAUUUGUGUUUCAGUCUCAGGCUGCAUGCGCUUGGAGGGCUGCAAGAGGAGAUGCUAUUGAAUGUAAAAGCUAUUUUCAAAACAAUAACAGUGUGUUUCAUCUCUCUUUGUAAUGGACCAAAUGUUUCUUGUUCUUUUGGGUGACAACAUGGAGUUGAAAUUCACUUUCUUUCUUUCUUUCUUUCUUUCUUUCUUUCUUUCUUUCUUUCUUUCUUUCUUUCUUUCUUUCUUUCUUUCUUUCUUUCUUUCAUCUUUCUUUCUUUCUUUUUUCAAAAGCUCCACUGAGAAAGUAUUUGUAAUGAGAAGUGCCCAUGUUCAUAAAUUCAAAUAAUAUUUGUUGCUUUAAACAGUGUCUAGUUCUUUAUUCGUUGUGUGUGUCGCUCUCUCUCUCUCUCUCUCUCUCUCUCUCUCUCGUGUGUGUAUGUGUGUGAAAAUCCCUAAACGUUUUGUAAUACAUAACUUGCAACAAACAUAAUUUGGAUCAUCAAACAUUUACACAAGUAAUUCCUUCCUUCUGGCUAUCAGUCAAUUAUGGGUAGACUAUUUCAAAACGUCCCUUGUGAAAACUUUAAAUAGGUAAUGACAACAUUUAACCACCAGUUGGCGUAUGUUGCAUAGUUUUUGCAUAAUUCUACAUUACAAUGUAAUAAUGAAAAUAAAGAUGAAUCGCUAGGCUGCUAGUUAUAAUUACUAACUAUGUGUAAUUAAAAUCGUACAAUAAACAAUCUUCAUAAAUAAUA